AUGGAAAGCUGUUUUAAAUGGGUUCCAAAGAAGAGCUACAAUAAAUAUUGUUAUAUGCUUCUUGGUCUAUUUGUGUCAAUUGGCAGUAUUGUCAUUGGGAUUGCGACUGCUUUCGAUUUGAAAACGACGCUACAAUGUAACCCCGACAAGACCAUAGCGAGCGACCUGUCAACAAGGAAAUUCGUUGAAACGCAGUGUUUGCUUAAAUACACACAAAAAUUCCACCCUUCAUCACCUCUUUUUGUUCUGAUAAUAAUAAAUUUUGGACUUGUGCUUCUAUUCAGUAUUAUCUAUGCUCUGUGGGUGAAAGAUCGUGUGGAAAUCUUUGCAGAUCCUCCCAAUAUAACGACGAAUUCGAAUGGCGCCGAUAAUGAAAGUCAGCCACUCUUGGGUAUUUCACGGGCUGCAUCGGACCCUAUGGCAUGCCAAAAUCCUGGUGGUCAUAUUAUUUUCACGGUUUACAUUAUGCAUUUGAUCCUUUGCCGUAUAAUACCAUUAGUUGUAUUCGCAGCAUUGCUCUUUACUUCGUCCAAUUUUCCAGUCCAAUAUGAGUGUCCUUGGCCAAAGCAAACCACGAGUACUUCCCACGCAAACUUGACACAAAAUGAAAAUAUGAACUUUUCAACUGUGCGCUGCACUUAUCCUAUGGGCAGCAAUAAAGAAAAAGUAACUACGACCGUUGUAACAUUCAAUUUCCUUUUUGCUGCAGUGGCAUUCAUGGAGCUUGCCGAUCUGUUGUGGUCAACAUACAUAGAUCGUAAUCUAUUUACUGACCUUGAGUUUUGUUGUGUCUACCUUUUGAAAAAGCGUAAAAGAAUCAGAAAGUUAAUGAAAAAGAUUAGAGAGAACAUACCAGACGAAAUAUUUUACUUGUAUGAUGAUUUUGGCGAGAAACGUUUGUCACGUCGAAAACUGGAAGAGAUGUAUGUCAAUGUCAUAAUUCAGGAGGGAAGGCAAAGUACUUGUAGAAGACGGUUUAAAGAUAGGCAUGAGACAUACGAAGUAUAUUUUGAAGCACCAGAAGAUGCGACUACCCUUACGAAAGUGGCAUAUUUAUUUAAACCCACAGGUGCUGACAAGAAACAUACCAAAAAAAUUCUUGUUGUGGGCAGACCAGGCAUUGGCAAAACUCUCCUAACAAAAAAACUUCUCUAUCAGUGGCAACAACAAAUAUCCAAAUUCUGGCAUAAUAAAAUAGUAAUCUUAAUUCGAUUUCGUGCUUUUAACAAGGGGCAAACAAGUCUACGAGACAUACUGAGCAAUUCUGAUGGACUUAAUAUGUCAUUAGCUGAUUUGAAUUAUAUCUAUGAAUAUAUUUGUUUGAUACCAAGUAAUGUUAUUCUUAUUUUUGACGGGCUAGACGAACUUAAAGUAAAUAAUGAGGUUUUAGCCGAUGAAAAGCCUAUAAAAAGUCCCAAUCAAGUUACGCAUAUAUUCCUGAUUUUUAAACAGUUAGUAAAAGGCAAACUAUUGCCUGGAGUCACAUUAUUAACCACGUCUCGACCCACGGCAGAGCAUAUUUAUCAAGCCCUAAAAUUUGAUCGAGAGAUCGAGAUCUUGGGCUUUCAAGAGGGGCAAAUCAAAAAGUAUGUUGAAAAGUUUUGCCUUCAUGACAUGCAGAAAACCUCAGAGAUAUGGAAUUUAAUCAAGAAGUCACCGGAGCUUUUAAGCUUAUGUUACAUACCUGUUAAUUCCCGUAUAGUGUGUUUAACGUUGAAGGAAAGCAUUGAAGUUGAAGGUCAGAGCAAUGUCCCAAGAACAAUUACGGAGUUGUACAAAAGAGCUAUAAAGAUAUUACUUCAUAAGCACCAUUUAGGAUAUAAAGAUAAACCAAUUCCAAAAAACUAUAUGAUCGCAGAGCUUCCUGAACAGCUUCAAAACGACUUGAACAAACUUAAAGGAAUUGCAAGAAACGGAAUGAUAGAAGACCAGUUAAUAUUCGAGUUUGAAAAUGAUGAUGAAUCUGCUUCUGAGUUGUCAGACUGUGGUUUACUCAAUAAACUGGAAGACAAACGACAGAACAUUUUCUGUUUUCUUCAUCUGACUAUUCAAGAGUUUCUCGCAGCACUACACGUAGUUGAUGAUAUGAAAAAUGUUCAAUCAUUUUUAUCUGAGCACAUCAAUAAUCCCAAGUGGCAUUUAGUGAUCCAGUUUGUUGCUGGGUUAAUUGGAGAUAAAAAGAGGGAAUUGAAGGCACAAAGAAAUAAACUGCAAAGGUAUACGCCUGUUUAGUAAAAAAUAUAAAAUAUUCCACCAUAUACUGUACAUGUCUAUAUCAAGUUUAGAAGAACAGAGUUUAUACACCCCUCAGGAAAAUUAUCAGCCUUUACUAUAUAUAGAGCCUCGUUUUCAUUAUUGAGAUAUUGCAUGCAUGGGUUUAGACUUUUUGAGCCCUUUAUCUUGUUAGAGGUCAGACACAUUUACAAAACCAUACAGUUAUAUCAGUGAAUAUAGAAGACCUGUUUCUAAUGUUUUGUAAUCAGUAACAAGACAAAGGGCUCAUUGGCUCUUAAGUCAAUUUACAAAACCAUACAGUUAUAUCAGUGAAUAUAGAAGACCUGUUUCUAAUGUUUUGUAAUCAGUAACAAGAUAAAGGGCUCAUUGGCUCUUAAACCAAUUUACAAAACCAUACAGUUAUAUCAGUGAAUAUAGAAGACCUAUUUCUAAUGUUUUGUAAUCAGUAACAAGAUAAAGGGCUCAUAUUCGCUCUUAAGCCAAUUUACAAAACCAUACAGUUAUAUCAGAGAAUAUAGAAGACCUCUGUUUCUAAUGUUUUGUAAUCAAUAACAAGAUAAAGGGCCCAUUGGCUCUUAAUUAAGCCAAUAGACAGAUUUAGAUCGAGGACGCGGACGUCAAAGAUGACGUGAAAAUAGCGUGUUGUGCCCAUGUAUGGAUAUGCCACGUCAUUUUGACGCCAUUUUCACGUCGUCUUUGACGUCCGCGUCCUCGAUCUAAAUCUGUUUAAUGUCUCAAACACGAAAACGAGGUGUAUAGCCACGGCUAGCUAGGGUAAACGUAAUUGACUUUAAAUUUUUAUUGUUAACAUCAGGUCACCAAAGCUUACAAACAACGAAAGAAAACAAUUGCAAGAUCUUGCAAAGAACGAAAAAAUAAUAGAUUGCAUAUGCGAGAGGUACGUUUUCUGUUAUAGCCUGAGUACCAGGCUUUCUAUAUAUCUGUUAUUAUAUAUUAACACGCUUAUGAGCUAUACAAAUUAAGCUAUAUAUGGCAGGAAAUUUUAAGCAAAACUUUAAUAAAGAACUGAGUUUUGCAUUAACAAAAGGUGUUCAUAUGAUGGCAACCUAAAUUAGCCCCCUCCCAAAACAAUUUGCAGAGUGUCCGCCACUGAAAAUGUUAUACAAUCAUCCACCGAGAUUCCAAACAUGCGGCUACUGACAUAUGGGCGUGAAAUUCAACUUCGUAUUGUACCGAUUUUAAAUUAAUAAUUUCCAGGAUGUUUGUGCACAAUAUACGUUGCUGCGAUAUCAUUGUUAUAGUUUGUAAAAAGUGCAAUUAUAAUGAAUAGUCGUGAGGCAUACUACUCGAUCUACCAUGAUCCCGUAUAGCCAUGAUCUCUGUUGUAUUAAUUUCAUUUAUAGGGGACAUAAAAAUGUUUCGCGAGCGUUUACUGAGUUUUCAAAAGGCGUGAAAAGAUGAGCCUUGCUGCAUUUAGCAAAUUCCAGUCCACUCACAACUAACGCAGUAACGGUCUAGCUAAACAACGUACACGUAAAAUUUCGGUAAGGACUAAUUUCAUAAUAAAAAUUUCAAUGCAUGCACCCUUCCGGAAAGUAAUUAGUCUUUUGGCCACACAGCCUCGUUUACAGUAAAAAUAUAUAAUCUAAGGCGAACUUUUCAUGGGCCGAACCGAAUCAUAUUAAAGGGAUACGGCAAUAUAUUUUUUUAUUAUUUCAUUUUAAAGAACUUUUAAAAUUGCAUGUAUGUUAAUCUCUUUUACCGAUUUUGCGUAACUUUAUUAUUUCUUGAGAUAUUUGAAAAGAAAAAAUCACAAAUCGGCGAGCUUUCCGCCAUCUUGGAUUUUGGCGGAUAUGCAUGUGACAUCAUAAGCAGGGUCACGCAAGAAUUUUAUCCAUAGAGCAAUCAAUUGGUUAUUAUGAGCCCAAAAUCAUAUACUUCAGUAACUAUUUGAAAUAAAAAGCUGUCUGACGACUUUUCAAACAAGACUUAAUGUUAUUUGGUCAUUUAGAUGUAGUUUUAUAUGGCCAACCCUGCUUAUGACGACGUGACUAAAAUCACCGAUAAUGAGAUAAAAAUUAAUCCAAGAUGGCGGACAGCAAAUUAUUAUAAGUCAAAAUAUUUCAAGAAAUAAUAAAGUUACGCAAAAUCGGUAAAGGAGAUUAACAUAUAAUUUUAAAAGUUCUUUAAAAUGAAAUAAUAAUAAAAUAUAUUGCCAUAUCCCUUUAAAUACAACGCAAGUUUGGCAACUGAUUUAGAUGUCGCACUUAAUUGUACCGUGCCAAGACACAAGAACACUUUGUCAGAAACUUCAGCGCUAAAUUGCUAAUAAUUAUACCAUAAUCAUAUGAUAAUUUGUAUUGAAAAAAGAUAUGGGCAUUAUAUAUAGGUUCGGCGCAUGAAAAGCAUGGCGUCGAAAACGGGCAUAAGAGACCUUUAUAUUAUUAGGUCAUCAGUAACAGCAUUAAAGGCUCCAAAGCCGAGAUCUCAAUUAUGUAAACGAGGCUUCAUAGCCAGGGCUGAGCACUUUCCGAAAGGGUGUAUUCUAGUAAGCAAGUGUAUUCUAGUAAGCAAAAUGGAAAUUUCAUGAAGCGAACCCAGAUCGGGAAAUGCUCAUUGUCUGAAGGAUUUUCAGGGGAGCACAAAUUAAAGAGCUGUAUUACUGAGAUGUACGUUACCAAGAAUUUUUAGCAUAAAAUCGUACGUCUGUACACCUACAAUCGUCGAAUAAUUUCAUUGGGACAAAGUUCACGCCCAUAUAUAAAAACGCGCUACCCCAUAUGUAGCCUCAGUUUCAGCCCUCCUCUUCCCCCACCGAUCAAUGUUGACAACGAAACUGAGUUGGGCGAAACCUAACAUCGUUCCACAAUACAUAACAUUGAGGUUGUGGGGCGUAUAUAAAACUGCCGUUAGCAAAACAACAUCUCAAACUAUUCGUUUGAUGCAUCAUUGUCCCAAUGAAUUGGUCCAUGAUUGUAUUUUCUAACCCUUGAUCGUCGUCAGUAAAAACAAUAAAAUUAUAAUAUUUACACUCCUGAAGACCGGGCCCUGGCUUACCAAUCGAAAUGCGGUGUUAUUGGUCAAACAUGCUACAUUCAAAUUAAUUAAUAAAACAUUAUUAAUUUUUGUACCACGACAAUUUACCAAGGGAACUCUUCCAAACUAAUGGGCAAGACGCAUGUACGCAGCGCGUACCUAUUUUUACAAUGUUAAUAUAUAAGUUGCCAAACAAAGUAGCAAGCAUAUAAACUCAACGAUGUGUUAUUUGCAUUUCUUAUUUUUCUAUUUAUCGACAAUAUUCAAAGGUGAUGUCUACAGCUAGUUUAUGUGAAAUCUUGUCUGGCAAUUAUAAUAGAAGUUAUACGUAAUACUGAAAUAGUGUUACAGGAAAGAUUAUAUUUAUAUACGUGCAUUAGUUUUUGGGCAUAUUGAAAUCCUUGAAAUCAAAGCAAUGUUUGAUCGUUUUUAGUGUCAAAGCAUCACGCUAUAUCCUUAUAUAAGCAUAUCCAAAAAUGCGAAUGCGUGCAGGUUUUGUUCUUCGACUAUUUGAUGAGAGAUAUUUUGCAUGCCUAUGUGAGCCGGUUUGAUUAAAACCGCAUGUUGCUGUUUUGGAUGAUUUGCCAGCGAAAUUUAUGGGACAAAUCUAGGUUAUAAUAUCUACAUUCACCAUAGAUACAACCACAAUAUAUUCUAUGACCAUACUUCCUCUUUAAAAGGUUUAAAAGGUUAGGUGCAAACUGUUGACCGACGUGGUCUAAGAACCAGAGGUACUGUAGUACUUGGAUUGGAUUAAGGAAAGAUCCAUAGAAAUGGUACCUUGAAUAUACCUUAUGCAUAAUGACGACAGAAGGCGUGAUGCACGCUGGGAAUUCUGGUCUUCGUUUUGCCACGGCGGGAAAACAAUCCAACAUGGCCACUGUCGUAGGUGAGUGUGCUGCUGUUCUUAAUUUGUUGUCAUUUAGAGGCUGUUCAAGCCAAUGAAGACCCUAGUUCUUUUCAGAACUCUUGCAUUUUCUCUUCGAGAAGUUUUGGCAGUCCUGAAAGUAACGGCAACAGUUCGCUUUUAUCGACCAGUACAACUGUACGUGUAAAAGAAGUGGCGGUUUUACAUGUUGUGUUUCUGCUUGUUUUACCAACAAUAAAGGAAAUACCGAGCCUUCUUUUUAUAAUUUUUCAAGUGUGGAAUCAAAAGAACUCUGUAUUAAAGAAGUGGAUAAAUGUAUUUGCCUGCAAAGAUUUCUUACCGACAACAGGCCACUAGAGCGCGUUCUUUGCAGGGCCGUAGCUAGACGCAAUAAUUGGGGUAUUCAUAUUCAUGUUCACAUACCGGAAAAUCAACCGCUUUCAAAAGAAAUCCGUCGGGCAGAACACGGAUAUUAACCCCCAAUUAUCGGUCUGGCUACGGCCCUGGUUCUUUGCAUUUUCCAGGAGGACGUAAAUCCUACAUGAACCAGCCGCCAUAUUUGAAUGUUGCAAAGCCUACACCAACGAAUUAUAGACUAACAAUAAAGGCACAGAAUAUAACUCCUUUAUACAUAACAGAAUAUUGUUCUGGAUUUCUUUUAUUGUUCAGGUAAAACAACCAGGAACACGACAAGUAAAACCGCCAUUUCUUUAAUACUCGUGCUGGUCGAUGAAAGCGGACUGUUGCCGUUACUUUCAGGACUGCCAAGGCCCCCCACCAAGCCUUUCGAAGACCCAUGCAAGAGUGCUAAAAAGAACUGGGGUCUUCAUUGGCUUGAACAGUCUCUAAAAGACGACAAAGAACAGCAGCAUACUCACCUACGACAGUGGUCAUGUUGCUGUUUUCCCGCCGUGACUACUAUGACCAGAAUUCUCCGCGCGCAUCACGCUUUAUGACGUCAUUAUGCAUAAGGUCUAUUGCCAACCACACUUGGGAAGCUUGCACUAUCACACCAAUAACAUUGGUGGUGAAAAUACCUGUAUUUUGAUAAGGAAGAGUUGAGGGGAUUUUAAUCUUUUCUCACUACAUUAUAUAGUUACACUUUGACCAACAGCUAAUGGCCAUAUGUUGCGCAAGCAGCGCAUACAAGGCACAACUGAAAGCGGCACCCAAUUUCUGGAUCACGCAUGGUUCACUGGCUAUUAACUUUGGUUAAUACAUAACCUCACGAAAUUAGCGCGUGCGGUUCAUAUUUUGGUGAAAAGAAAUUUUCUCAUGUGAUACGUAACCUUCAUUUUUCUUAAAAUAUCUUUAUCUAGAUUUCAAAACUGGAUGCCAAAGGUAAGACGAAUUGACGGUCACAACAACGCGUUAUAUGUGAUAAAAUGUGUGCACGAAAUGCAAGAAGAAAGUGUUAUGAAAUUAAUUGCCUCCCGUUGGGAUCGUGAAGAAGUUUGUUUAGACCAUUUACAUAUUGCGCCAGUGGAAACUACUGCUUUGUUUGAAUUCCUAAGUUAUUUAAAGAACUUGCACAAGCUUAAGAUGAUUCGUUGCAUCAUGGACCAUUUCCACGCUGUCCAUGCAUUGGCGAAUUUACUGACGAAAGAAAAUGAAAACUGCCAACUAACUGAGCUACACCUAUUUAAAACUGAUUCAACAAAUGAAUUAGGUCCUAAAUAUUUAAGUGAUACUCUGAUGAAUGACAAGUGCAAACUUACUAAAUUAGACAUAAGCGACACUAAUUUAACAAAUGAAGGUGCUAAACAUUUACGUGAUGAUGCUCUGAUGAAUGACAAGUGCAAACUUACUAAAUUAGACAUUCGCUUUAGUGGUUUAAAAGAUGAAGGUGCUAAACAUUUAAGUGAUGCUCUGAUGAGUGACAAGUGCAAACUUACUGAAUUAGAUAUAAACGUCAAUUUGUUAACACAUGAAGGUGCUAAACAUUUACGUGAUGCUCUGAUGAGUGACAAGUGCAAACUUACUAAAUUAGGUAUAAACGUCAAUGAGUUAACACAUGAAGGUGCUAAACAUUUACGUGAUGCUCUGAUGAGUGACAAGUGCAAACUUACUAAAUUAGAUAUAAGCGGUAAUGGUUUAACAGAUGAAGGUGCUGAACAUUUAAGUGAUGCUCUGAUGAGUGACAAGUGCAAACUUACUGAAUUAUUUAUAAGCGGUAAUGGUUUAACAGAUGAAGGAGCUAAACAUUUACGUGAUGCUCUGAUGAAUGACAACUGCAAACUUACUGAAUUAGGUAUAGGAACCAAUGAGUUAACACAUGAAGCUGCUAAACAUUUACGUGAUGCUCUGAUGAGUGACAAGUGCAAACUUACUAAAUUAGACAUGAUGCGCAAUGGUUUAAAAGAUGAAGGUGCUAAACAUUUAAGUGAUGCUCUGAUGAGUAACAAGUGCAAUCUUACUGAAUUAGACAUACGCUACAAUAAUUUAACACAUGAAGGUGCUAAACAUUUACGUGACGCUCUGAUGAGUGACAACUGCAAACUUACUGAAUUAUGUAUAAACAACAAUGAGUUAACAAAUGAAGGUGCUAAACAUUUACGUGAUGCUCUGAUGAGUAACAAGUGCAAACUUACUAAAUUAGAUAUAAGCGGUAAUGGUUUAACAGAUGAAGGUGCUGAACAUUUACGUGAUGCUCUGAUGAGUGACAAGUGCAAACUUACUAAAUUAGACAUAAGGGGCAAUAAGUUAACACAUGAAGCUGCUAAACAUUUACGUGAUGCUCUGAUGAGUGACAAGUGCAAACUUACUAAAUUAGACAUGAUGCGCAAUGGUUUAAAAGAUGAAGGUGCUAAACAUUUAAGUGAUGCUCUGAUGAGUAAUAAGUGCAAUCUUACUGAAUUAGACAUACGCUACAAUAAUUUAACACAUGAAGGUGCUAAACAUUUACGUGACGCUCUGAUGAGUGCCAACUGCAAACUUACUGAAUUAUGUAUAAAGAACAAUGAGUUAACAAAUGAAGGUGCUAAACAUUUACGUGAUGCUCUGAUGAGUAACAAGUGCAAACUUACUAAAUUAGAUAUAAGCGGUAAUGGUUUAACAGAUGAAGGUGCUGAACAUUUACGUGAUGCUCUGAUGAGUGACAAGUGCAAACUUACUAAAUUAGACAUAAGGGGCAAUAAGUUAACACAUGAAGCUGCUAAACAUUUACGUGAUGCUCUGAUGAGUGACAACUGCAAACUUACUGAAUUAGACAUACGCUACAAUAAUUUAACACAUGAAGCUGCUAAACAUUUACGUGAUGCUCUGAUGAGUGACAACUGCAAACUUACUGAAUUAAGGUAUGAGAGAAAAUGA